UGAGCAGUUGUAUUUUGCUAUCUACAUCUAAAUCUCCAACAUGUCGGACGCUUUCCUUGGAACUUGGGAAGGAACCACACCAUGUGGGGAGGCCAAAGGAUUUGAUGAGUUUUGCGAAGAGAUGAAAACACCAGAGAAAAUGAUUAAAGAAUUCAGUAAAACGGUCUUUUCAUUGGCAUUAAGAAAAAAGGAUGAUAGCCGCUGGGAUAUCGAUAUGAUUAUCGACGGAAAAGUUGCAAAAUCAACAGAGUUUACAUCAGGGAAAGAGUUUGACACAGUGGGUUUGGAUGGGAAAGAGUACAAGAUUCUUCUCGUCAUGAAUGACACUGAGAUGACAGAAAAUGCUGUACCAAAGGACGGCAGCAGUGCGGGAUCAAAGACAACACGAACGAUCAAGGAUGGCAUCAUGACUGUUAAAUCAUCUGCGAAUAGUAACCCAAAUAAAUGCAUGACAUUUACCAUGAAAAAGAAGUAGAGUCAGUUAUACCUGUAAAAUGUCUGUUUAUAAGGAUGUGACGACCAUUUCGCCGAGAACGUAGAAUGGAGCUGCCCAUGGUAAACCAGUUGAAAUGUUCAAGGAAAAACGAAGAUCACAAUUGUACACGUCAGAGAAUUAUGAAUGAAUCUUGACAAUAUGAAUAUCAAUAUACUUUGCAAUAUCACGUGUUUGUUUUAACAGCUUUGUUUCUAUUUGGGACUUACGCCAUUAAAUUGUUAGUUGAA